CAAGGGAAAAAAACAAAAUAUUAAAAAAAAACCCAAAAAAGGAUCGGGAAGAAGAAGGCCCGCGACCGCGAGCGUUGGAUCGGAUUUCUUCGUCCUUUCACGUGACGAUGAUAAAAAACAAAUGAUCAUCUUCAGCUCUCUUCCAGUUUCGAUUCGGACUGAUCUGCCCGCGAAUCAAUCUCCUUUUGUUGUCUCUGAUCUCUGAGCGACGCCGCAUCUUCCUCGCCGGCGGCGGCAACAAUCAUGCAGGUUGAGAGGAGAAAUAGGCGUAACCAGGCCCUACUUUUAGCAUAUCAGAGUUUUGGGCUUGUGUUUGGAGACUUGAGUAUUUCUCCUCUUUAUGUGUAUAAAUGUACGUUCUAUGGAGGAUUGAAAAGUUACCAAACGGAAGAUACAAUAUUUGGAGCAUUUUCUCUGAUAUUUUGGACCAUAACUCUCCUCUCACUUAUCAAGUAUAUGGUUUUUGUAUUAAGCGCAGACGACAAUGGUGAAGGUGGAAUUUUUGCCCUGUAUGCCCUUCUCUGCAGACACGCAAGAUUCUCUUUGCUUCCGAAUCAGCAAGCGGCUGAUGAAGAGAUCUCUAACUACUAUGGCCCUGGAGAUGCAAAUAGAAACUUGCCUGGUUCUGCCUUCAGAAGGCUUAUAGAACGACGUAAAAGAUCAAAAACAGCUUUGCUUGUCUUAGUCUUAGUAGGAACUUCGAUGGUCAUUACCAUUGGUGUCCUCACACCUGCAAUUUCGGUCUCUUCAUCCAUUGAUGGGCUUAUAGCCAAAACAAGUAUGAAACACAGUACCGUGGUCCUGAUUGCAUGCCUUCUGCUAGUUGGACUUUUUGUUCUGCAGCACCGUGGCACUAAUAAAGUGGCCUUCUUAUUUGCACCUAUCAUGAUUUUAUGGCUGUUGUCCAUCGCAACGGUUGGUAUGUACAAUAUCGUGACAUGGAACCCCAGAGUAUACCAAGCUUUGUCUCCUUAUUAUAUCUAUAAGUUCUUUAGAGACACGGGAAAAGAUGGCUGGCUAUCCCUUGGCGGCAUUCUUUUAUGCAUCACAGGAACGGAGGCUAUCUUUGCUGAACUUGGGCAAUUUACUUCUGCAUCGAUAAGGUUUGCUUUCUGUUGUGUUGUUUACCCGUGCCUGGUGCUUCAGUACAUGGGUCAAGCAGCCUUUUUAUCGAAGAAUUUCUCGGAUCUACAUGUAAGCUUUUACGCCUCAAUUCCAGGUCCAUUUUUCUGGCCAGUUCUCAUGAUGGCAAUGCUUGCUGCAAUGGUUGCUAGCCAAGCCGUCAUAUUCGCCACAUUCUCGAUUGUGAAACAAUGCUAUGCGCUCGGAUGCUUCCCCCGCGUGAAGAUCGUUCACAAACCCAGAUGGGUCCUUGGCCAAAUAUACAUCCCUGAGAUCAACUGGGUUGUCAUGAUCCUUACCCUCACCGUCACCGUUAGUUUCCAAGACACUAGACACAUAGCUUUUGCUUUUGGGCUUGCCUGCAUGACUCUUGCAUUUGUGACUACGUGUUUGAUGCCGCUCGUCAUCAACUUCGUCUGGAAUCGUCAUCUCAUUUUCUCCGUCCUCUUCAUCCUCAUUUUCGGGCUCACAGAGUUUGUCUUCCUCUCCUCCUCUUGGACCAAAAUCCCAAAAGGCGGUUGGUUCACUCUCCUCUUGUCGGUCAUCUUCACUCUAAUCAUGUACGUAUGGCACUACGGCAUUCGGAAGAAGUAUCUAUACGACCAGCACAACAAGGUUCCCAUGAAAUCGAUCCUCACCCUUGGCCCGAGCCUCGGGAUUAUCAAAGUCCCUGGCAUCGGUUUGAUCUACACCGAGCUUGUCAGCGGUGUCCCAGCCACAUUCACUCACUUUCUGACCAACUUACCUGCCUUCUACCAAGUCGUCGUCUUUGUCUGCUGCAAAACCGUCCCUGUACCUUAUGUUCCACACAAGGAACGGUACCUCAUAGGCCGGAUCGGCCCGAAAGCAUACCGGAUGUACCGCUGCAUAAUCCGAAGCGGCUACAAGGAUGUGACCAAAGACGGGGACGACUUCGAAGACGAGCUUGUGAUGAGCAUAGCGGAGUUUAUACAAAUGGAAGCUGAAGGGUCAGGAACAAACCCUGACAGAUCCAUAGACGGAAGGCUAGCAGUCGUCAAAGCAUCGAACAAAUUUGGGACGAGGCUUUCCCGAUCGAUAUCGGAGGCAAAUUUCGCAAGCAGCAGCAGCUCGGGAAGGCAGACGACGGUAACAAACAGCAAGUCGCCAGCAUUAGUGAGAUUGAAAGCAGAGUACGAGCAACAAGAGUUACCGAGGCUGAGCAUGAGGAGGAGGAUUCAGUUCAGACCGAUGGAUAAGAAAUUCCGGGAGCCGCAGGUAAAGGAGGAACUGUUCGAUCUCGUGGAGGCGAAGGAUGCGGAGGUAGCGUAUAUAGUAGGGCACGGGCACGUGAAGGCGAAGCGGAAUUCGACGUUUCUGAAGCAGUUGGUGAUAAACGUCGGAUACUCAUUCCUCAGGAAGAACUGCAGGAGCCCUGCUGUUAUGUUGAACAUCCCUCAUAUCUGUUUGAUUAAGGUAGGCAUGAACUAUUCCGUGUAAGACCCUUUUUUUUUUUAGUUUUGGGUUUUUGGUGUUUUGUCUUUUGUUGUCCAAAUUGCUGUUUUGGGGUUUGGUGGAUGAAAUGAAUUAGUCUGACCAUUCACUUUGUUUUGUAAUAAUUCUCUUCUUUUGGUGGGUGCUUAUGUACACUCUUGGUUUACUGGCUGUCAUGUUGAACUUUUGGGGUUUACUAACUUAUCUUGAUUUAUCA